CUCCUGUGCAGAUAAACAUCUGCGUCAAACGUAAACCGGAAGCUGUCACUGGAGCCGGAAGUAACAUUGUGUUGACUAGCCCUCCAGGUCAAAUAAUUCGGUUUAUGUCGGUGUUCUUGCCUUUAUAUUGAUCAAGGACUGACUUGAAAACCGUUAUUUUGUAUUUUAGUGGAGCUGAACCUUCAGGAGAAAAACUUUGUGCGGAACGAGCCGCGAGGCUAACGCUAGCUUAGCAUCUGAGCUUCUGUUAGCCGUUUGUUUGUUUGCUUGUUUCCUCCAUAUAACAUCACAACAUGUCGGUGGUCAACGAAGUAACGCUGAAGAAAAUGCUGAAGCAAUACAAAUACCGAGACCUGACGGUCCGGGAGAUCACCUACGUCAUCUCCCAGUACAAAGACCUGAAGCCGGUCAUGGACGCCUACGUGUUUAAUGACGGCUCCUCCAGAGAUCUGAUGAGUUUGACGGGAACGGUUCCGGUCAGCUACAGAGGAAAUACCUAUAACAUCCCGGUGUGUCUGUGGUUGCUGGACACCUAUCCCUACAACCCCCCCAUUUGCUUCGUCAAGCCCACCAGCGCCAUGAUGAUCAAAACCGGGAAGCACAUUGACGCCAACGGCAAAAUCUACCUGCCUUACCUGCACGAGUGGAAGCAUCCGCAGUCAGACCUGAUUGGUCUGAUCCAGGUGAUGAUCGUUGUGUUUGGAGAAGAGCCCCCAGUGUUUUCCCGUCCCACAACACAACCCCCCUUCCCAGCCUUUCAAGCUGCCGGACCACCAAACACCUCGUACAUGGCCGGCAUGCCGGCGGCCUCCCCCUACAACCAGAACCCGGGGGGGUACCCAGCUUUUCAGUUCCAGGGGGGCAGUUCCUACCCUGCAGGGCCCUACCCCCUCCAGACUGCCGUCUCCACUGUGGGUCCCAGCAGAGACGGGACCAUCGGGGAGGACACCAUCCGGGCGUCUCUGAUUUCCGCCGUGAGCGACAAGCUGCGCUGGAGGAUGAAGGAGGAGAUGGACCGCGCCCAGGCAGAGCUGGACGCCCUGAAGCGGACCGAGGAGGACCUGAAGAAAGGCCACCAGAAGCUGGAGGAGAUGAUCUCCAAACUGGACCAGGAAGUGGCGGAGGUGGACAGGAACAUCGAGCUGCUGAAGAAGAAGGACGAGGAGCUGAGCGAGGCUUUGGAGAAGAUGGAGAACCAGACGGAGAACAACGACAUCGAUGACGUCAUCGUUCCCACGGCGCCGCUGUACAAGCAGAUCCUCAACCUGUACGCCGAGGAGAACGCCAUCGAGGACACCAUCUUCUACCUGGGGGAGGCGCUCCGCAGAGGAGUCAUCGAUCUGGAAGUUUUCCUAAAGCACGUGCGCCUCCUCUCCAGGAAGCAGUUCCAGCUCCGAGCUCUGAUGCAGAAAGCUCGCAAGACGGCGGGCCUGAGCGACCUGUACUGACCUGAGCCUCCUCGUCCUCCAGAGGAGCAACCUGUUUGUUAGGAAGCAGAGACUCGCCAUCUCACCAUCAACCCCCCCGUCCGCCUCCACAGACGCUGAGGAACCUCAGCCGCCGUUCAUGUUCCUGCUCAGUCCUGCAGUGGGCGGAGCCUAACCCUCUGAAUUCAGCCUUUGACUACGAGCACUUUGAACUGUUUUUGUUUGUUUGUUUGUGUAAACAAAUAAAACCAGAGUCUAGACCUUCUGGACAACCCC